UCCCACUGUCCAACUCGCCAUAAUUGUCAGUUUUUAGAAUCAGUGGAACAAUUUGAACACGAGCAUUGUGUUUGUUUUUAAUUCUAUUCUUUUAUCUAAAAAAUAUACUAUUAUCGUGAGUAUACAUUACUUGAGGAUUAAAUUUUUAAUAUGGACGAAAACGAUGAUUACAAUGAUUUACGAAAAAGAAACAUAGCCGAAAGAAACGCUAUCUUUGCCGAAUUUUUCAAAGAGUUAAAAGAACAAACGAACGAGAUAAAAGAACUGAAACAAAUACACAAUGAUACAGAGAAUUCAGAAAACGAACCACCUAAAAAAAGACGUAAAACUAUUUCUCAUUCUAAGAACGAUCGUUUUAGCAUGAAAUAUGUAAAGCUCGAAUUUCGUAAAAAGUAUAAUACUAGAAGUAGAUCAAGGAAUAUCUCCCAAGAAGAAAAAGAGAAUGAUAUAAUUGACCUUAAAAGUGAUAAACCUAAACUCCAAGUUCUAUUUCCAUGGGCGAAGCCAUUUCAACGAUCGAUUGAUUUAAUGAAGAUGGGAGUGUGCGAUGUAGAUGAGGAAGAGCAACGAUCUAUGAGCAGUGACGAUGGGAGUAGUGAUGAUUUGUGUGAUAUAACUAAAAAACGAAUGUACAAUACAAACAAGGCUCCUUAUGACCCGAAUAACAUACCGCCCGUCAGUGAAAUUACGGAUGAAAUGAUAGAUAAUAUUGCAUCCAAAAGUACUUCGAAGCAGUAUUGCAAAAUUAAUGGAACAUGCUGUCAUCAGUGCAGGCAGAAAACAUUAGAUACAAAGACUGUAUGUCGUUCAGGAGAAUGUGUUGGACUUAGAGGACAAUUUUGUGGACCUUGCUUAAAAGGACGAUAUGGCGAAAGUGCCGUUGAUGCAUUAAAAGAUCCUAAUUGGGCUUGUCCACCUUGCCGUGGUUUAUGUAACUGCAGUAUAUGUAGAACAAGAAGUGGCUUACCCCCAACUGGAAUUUUAGCCCCUAUUGUAAAAGAAGAAGGAUUUUCGUCUGUUAUGGAUUACCUUCAAUCUGCCGAAACAGAUGACACAUAAUUUUCAUUGAUACAAAAUUUGUAGUUAUAAUAAUAUAAUUAAACCUCAUAACAAAUAAUCUUUUAUUGAUUUUAUUUUUCAAUUGAUCGUGCUAUGUAUGAGAAAACUUCACAACAAAUAUAAUAAAAUUGUUUUCUGUA